AACCCUCAUUUCUACGGAAACUGAAACACUGCGCAAAUUUACAGCUCAGAAGUCACGGCUGUCCAUAGAAAGUCCGGUGGCGAAGACUAGCUGAGCAUCCAAUCGUACGGAGGCUCCGGCGGAGUUGCGUCCUUCACCGCCAUGUCGGCAGCGCACAGCAACUGUUCGGAGAAUUCCGAUGGACGGAGCGCCGGCGGCGGGAAAGGAUUCAUGCUGUUCGGGGUGAGAGUGAUGAUGGAGGAAGGAUCGUUCAGGAAGAGUGCUAGUAUGAAUAACCUGGCUCAGUACGAUCAACAGCCUCAGGACUCCGGCAAUGAUGUCGCCGCUGGAUAUGCUUCGGACGACGUCGUUCAUCCGUCCGGCAGGAACCGCGAGCGGAAAAGAGGCGUUCCGUGGAGUGAGGAGGAGCACAGACUGUUCCUGUUGGGGCUGCACAGAGUCGGUAAGGGAGAUUGGCGAGGAAUUUCGAGGAACUAUGUGAAAACAAGAACACCUACUCAAGUUGCGAGCCAUGCUCAGAAGUACUUCCUCCGCCGGAACAACCACAGCAGGCGGCGCCGGAGAUCCAGUCUUUUCGACAUUACAACUGAUACGGUGACAUCCGCAAGUGAAGAUCAGAUGCAUCAAGAAAACGCACCUCAGCCACCAAUAAUCCCCCGACAAAACCUUAGUAAGAAUCCCGAGAAGUUUCCUGUGUCAAACUUCCCUGCAGCCGUGACACCUCUUUCUAUACCUAUCCCAAUCCCAAGUGAAAGUCCCAUGGAAGAUCUCACACUCGGACAAGUCAAUCAGCUGAACAAUUCUCCCCGGCCCAUAAGGCCAAUCCCCAUUUUACCCAUCCCUCCAUCUUCCAAAAUGGCCAAUCUCAACCUAAGCAAGACUACAAACCUCGAACCACCAUCUCUGUCCCUUAACCUGUCUGUAUCGUCACAAACCCCUCCGCCCCCAUCUGAGGAACAGCCAUCGUCCAAUGAGCAGUCGCCGCGUGCACAACAUCCACCGCCUUUCAAAGCAAUGCCUGCCAGCUUUAAUGGAAGUGGUGGGGAUAGCAGCAUCAUUAGUGUUGCUUGAUGGUUGGUUGAUGAUAAAUAUUGAUAGUGAUUUAUGUGCUGUAAAGGUCGCCGAAUCUGCUGUGCUCCUUUUCAAGUAGUAAUGCUAUAUCUUAUUUCCACUGUCGAAAAGAAAAAGAAGGAGAAAAAGCUAGAAGAUUGGAUAAAAAUAAAAAGGGGACUCAGGUUUGAUUCGCAUACCUCUGAAAUAGAAUAUUUCUGGAGAUUUAGAUUAUUAUUUGUUUGGAUGGAUUUAUGGAUAGAUAAAUUAAAUGUAAUAAUAUAUAUAUCUCUUAUUGUACAGUGUAGAUUUGGGAGAAAUGGUGACACUAUGUUUUAGUAGCUUGGAAAAUUCCUGUCCUGUUCUAGUCUAUUGUAAAAUUCUCACUUGUGGAGAUAAUUUAUGAUGUUUAGUCUUUUUUAGUA